UAUGCCAGGGUCAUUAUAAAGUAAAGUCGUUAAGAAUAUGGAGAAAGCAUAAAAAUUAAGAUUAGAAAGAGAUUCUUAAAGAGCUAUGAAUAAUGAAAUUCUCUAUUUAAAACCAAUUAUAGAUUCUAGAUUAUAAAAUUAAAAAUAAGAAACAAGAGUAAAGUCAUUUUCUAUGUAAUAAACACCCUAAAAUCCACUUUUAGAAAAUAAAUAAAAUGAAAUAAUUUAUUCAAAUUAACUUAGUGAAUUUUAGAAAUUACCUAGAAUUGGUGAUAAUAUUACAAGUAAUUAAAAUAGAAUACAUAAAAAAUACAGUUUUUUAGAAGAAUUUUAAAGAGAACCUUCAAUGUUAUAGUAAUGUUAACCUAUGAAAGUUUUUUUAUGA